GUGGCAUGGAAUGACCAGGUUGGAAGAACUGCGAGAUUUUCAUUUCAGAAACUGAACUGCUGCUGGGAGCAGGUGGAGCAGUCGGAUUUAGUUUAUUUUCAUAAUAUGUACAUGUUUAUAUAAAUAGUACAUGUUUUACAAACUAUUAUUGUCUUUGGGUUGACAAUUAUUACUUGGAAUUAGAUAAGGGAGUUUUGGGCAGGGCAUUGUUAAAAUAAAUUAUAAACGUGGUCAGUGUCUGCACAUUCCGUUUGACACAUUCUUAUAUAUUUUUGACAUAAUGUGAUUCAUUGAACGGAGACUGACGCUAUAUAACCAAAAAUCAACCUUUUAGCUCAAGUACCUACCUCACGAAUGCCGGUAAAUAACCUAUACAACGGGUUAUCGGGACAUUAAGGGAUUUCUCAGGAAAUAUGUUUAAUACUUCGUCAACGUCACGACACCAACUUAAUUGCUGCAACCUGGUUAUGCUUUAAUAAAAAAUAGAUUCAUUGUGAUUUACUUAUUGACUCGGGUCAAGCACUGCCGCUGAUAUUUAAGCAAUAAUCUCAACAACUUUAUUACUAAUUGACAACAGCCACUGUAUAUGAUUUGCAUACUGUGUGGGCAACUUUAAUUGUACAAAACCAAAUUAAUCAAGAUGAAGAAUAUCGUGCUUGGUGUAUGCGUUAUUUUUUUGGGGACGUUGAUCAGGGUGCCUUCCGUGCAAGGGAUGGUCGAAGGACUGUAUUGUGGGCUAGAGAAUUGUUAUGAUGUCCUGGGUGUGACGCGUGACACUGAAAAGAUCGUAAUUUCCAGGGCUUAUCGCCAACUAGCUAAACAAAACCAUCCUGACCGUUUCCAGAGUGAGGAGGACAAGGCGACGGCGACUGCAAAGUUUAAAGUUAUUGCAACUGCGUAUGAAAUUUUGAAGGAUGAUGAAGCCCGUGUCGACUAUGAUUAUAUGUUGGACCAUCCUGAAGAACAUUAUCGACAUUAUUAUCAUUACUACAGAAGGCGUAUGAGCCCGAAAGUCGAUGUAAGACUUGUAAUAGCCGUUACGAUAUCAGUAAUAUCCGUGUUCCAAUACUACACUGCCAGGUUCCGGUGGAACUCUGGGGUCAGAUACUUAGCUACUCAACCAAAAUAUAGGAAAAUGGCUUUAGAAUAUGCUGAAGUUGAGGGGAUGUUGGAUGAACUUAGGAAAACCAAAAAGCGAAAUAAAGAAUUUAUAAAAACCGAAGAAGAUAGAAUUAUCAAGGUGGUAUUGGAAGAAAAUAUGGAUAUUCGGGGUGGGUAUGCAAAACCAAGAGUAACUGACGUCCUUUGGGUGCAACUAGUAGUUCUUCCAUACACAAUUGCUCUCUACUUUGCUUGGUACUUUCGCUGGGUUUGGAGAUUUUCCAUAAAACGAGAAGAGUUUGGCCAAGAAGAAAAAUUAUAUUUAAUUAGGAAAAAUUUGGGUUUAAGUGAAACACAAUUCGAGAGCGUUACUGAGACUGAAAAAGACGAAUGGUUGAAAGAUGAGUUGUGGAAAACUGAUAAGUUUAAAGCGUGGAAAGAGGAAAAGAUUGAAGAAAGAAAGCGUCAAAUGGCAGAAAGUGGCCGGUACAAAUCUGAACGACGAUAUAUGAAAAAAUAUGGAACAGGACGCAUGUACUUUGAUGACUCGUGAAUUGAAAAUAAAUCUCAAAACUUGGUUCACAUUUUUAUUAUAAACUUA